UUCUGCAGAGAAAAAUCUAGGGUUUUCUUUGGGUCCACAGAGAACAAAGAGAAUUCAGAAAUGAUAUCUGAACCCACCAAGCAACUAGAAUAGAAGUUGAAGAGAGAGAAGCGCAUGGGAAGAAAGAAUGGGCAAUACGAGAGAUGGUGAAGUGCAGGUCCUAUCGCCACAAAAGCGCCCCAAAAAAUUCACAAUCUCAAAUUCCAUGGAUGAUUUUCCUCUACAGACACUGGGUUCAACAGGGCUCAUAAGGACGUAUGAAUUCAUUAGGGUUUUGAUCCAGUCUCUCUAUUCCUUGGGUUACAGUAAAGCUGCAUCUCUCUUAGAAGAAGAAUCGGGCAUCGCUCUCCACUCUCCUGAUUUUACGUUGUUCAAAACGCUAAUUCUUGAAGCCAAAUGGGAAGAGAGCAUAGAAGCUCUGCACAAGAUUAAUAAUAUAGGGUUAGAGACCAGAAAGGCAGCUCUUUUCCUCAUUUUAGAGCAAGAAUUCUUCGAAUUUUUGAAUAAAGGGGACAUUUCUUUGGCUUUGAAGGUUUUACAGUGUCGAAUUGCACCACUAAGGAUUAAUGGUGAAAGGGUCCGAGAGCUCGCUUGCUGUGUCGUGUGGCCUAAAUUUUGUGAGGAUUUUGGUGCUGUAGAUAAAGGCUCUUCGGAAGCUAGGGUUGAUCUGUUAAUGGAGUUGCAGAGAGUCCUUCCACCUGAGGUGAUACUCCCUGAGAGGAGGUUAGAGCAUCUGAUUGAGAUGGCCCUUGAAGUGCAGAGGGAGUCAUGCGUUUAUCACAAUUCAGUUGUUGAUGUUCUCUCUCUUUACUCAGAUCACCGAUGUGGUCGAGACCAGAUCCCAACUGAAACUUUGCAGGUAUUAGACGAUCAUGAGGAUGAAGUCUGGUAUUUACAGUUUUCAAAUAAAGGGAAGUACUUGGCUUCGUCGUCGAGAGAUUGUACUGCCAUAAUAUGGAUGCCACAGGUCUCGAAUGAUGGCGCGGUCUCCCUAAAGCACAGGCUGACUGGUCACCAAAACCCAGUCUCCUAUGUUUCAUGGAGCCCCGACGACACCAUGCUUCUAACAUGUGGCAUGGGUGAGGCCCUCCGCCUAUGGAGCGUGGGAACCGGCAUGUGCACUCUCACCUUUGGAAAGGGGAGCUCCGGGGUCACCUCUUGUGCAUGGUUCCCUGACUCUCGCCGCUUUUCUGGAGGAUGUGACAAUUGUAUCUAUACUUGGGACAUUGAAGGUCGUGAGCUCGAUGCAUGGCGGGGCCCACGCAUGCCCAAGGUCUCUGAUCUCGCUGUCACCCCUGAUGGGGCACACUUGGUUGGAAUUUGUGCAGAGAAAGAUAUAAGGAUUUAUGCACUUGGGUCGAAGAGUGAGAGAGUCAUUGAAGAGGAGCAACCGAUUACAUCUCUCUCUGUUUCGAGAGAUGGGGAGUUUAUUCUUGUGAACCUUAACAAUCAAGAGAUACAUAUGUGGGAUUUGGCUGGGAGAUUGGGGGAUCCCUCGAGGUUUAGGGGACACAGGCAGAGCCGGUAUGUGAUACGCUCAUGUUUUGGAGGGUUGGACCAUGCAUUCAUAGCUAGUGGGAGUGAGGACUCGCAGAUUUAUAUAUGGCACCGGCGUAAUUGUGAGCUGAUAGAGGUCCUGGGUGGUCACUCGAGCACUGUUAAUUGCGUGAGUUGGAACCCCAUGAACCCACAGAUGUUUGCUUCAGCGAGCGAUGACCGGACAAUUAGGAUAUGGGGAGUGAGCCGAGGUAAGAAGUAAAAAUAGGAGUAAAGGAAAAUAGAAAACAAAAGCAGGUGGAGCCGAGGCUCCUUGUACCAAUAGUUGUAACUUUAAUGAUUCUCGAUCUCCAGUCGAGGCCCUGUGGUAAUUCUUUCCUGUUUUAUUUUGUAAAUUCCCUCAUUGUUUACUUUACUCUGAAAUUUAAUUCGUUGAUCAAAGCUGCUCUUUCACGUGUUCUUAUUUUCCUUUAGUUUUUUGCAGUACUUUUGUCAAUACAUUGUAUGGUACAAUUAUGCGCUGUGUCAUAAAUGUUCAAGGUUCUCUUAUAUUUAUAUUUGAGUACUUGAUUAUGGAUGA